CUCGCUCUCGCUCUCACUUCUUCACUCUACCCUUUUUUUUACACUUAUGGAAGCUCUAGGAGCGCGCUCCUCCGUGCUCUCGUCGCCGGGGACCGCCGGAGACGCGUCGCCGUCCCUGUCCCUGCCGCUCCGCAGAGCCUCCGCCGCGUUCCCCGGGCUCCGCAGGAGCCCCUCCGCUCUCGCCAUCUCCACGCGCUGGCUGCGCGCUCCACCCCGAAUCGGCGGCCGCCUGCUCGCCGGGGCAGGGGAAGACGGGUCCCUGGACCCUGCCGAUGACACGACUGAUCAGGCGGGAGAUUUUCAAUUACUCGAGAGUAAUGUAACUCUACGCGGAAGCAAUGACAUGGAUACCACUAAACAUGAUGAUGCUGGCACUUCUGGAAGUGGUGGGACUAACACUGGUGGCUCUAGGGCUGGUCUAUUCAGAACACCUAUUUCAGGUGGUGUGCACAGUGCAACCGCUGUUCAUGAUUUACCACCACCAGCUUUGGCUGUUCGCAACCUCAUGGAACAGGCAAGGUUUGCUCAUCUGUGCACUGUAAUGUCUCGGAUGCAUCACCGCCGUGAAGGAUACCCAUUUGGUUCUCUAGUAGAUUUUGCACCUGAUCCAUUUGGCCACCCAAUCUUCUCAUUAUCCCCACUAGCCAUCCACACAAGAAAUUUGUUGGCAGACCCAAGAUGCACCCUUGUUGUACAGGUACCUGGAUGGAGUGGACUAUCAAAUGCACGAGUAACUAUCUUUGGUGAUGUCAUUCCGUUGCCCGUUGAACAACAGGAAUGGGCUCAUCAGCAGUAUGUUUCAAAGCACCAGCAGUGGGCAUCCCAACAGUGGGGUAACUUUUAUUACUACAGAAUGCACACAAUAAGUGACAUAUAUUUCAUUGGAGGUUUUGGUACUGUUGCUUGGAUAGAUGUGAACGAAUAUGAGGCUCUGCAGCCUGACAAGAUUGCAAUGGAUGGAGGGGAACACAAUCUAAAGGAACUCAACUCAAUGUUCUCAAAGCCUCUGAGAGAACUUUUAUCAACUGAUGAAGGAGAGGUAGAUGAUGUAGCUGUUAUUUCAAUGGAUAGCAAAGGCAUUGAUAUCCGUGUUCGACAUGGUGCACAGUUCAACAUCCAGAGGAUAGCUUUUGAGGUGGAUCACAGCGUCGAGACACUGGAUGAAGCCACGGAAGCGCUUAGGAGGAUCAUCAGCAAGUCUAGGUGGCACACAAGGGCUCAAUUAUGAGACGCUCUUGAAGCGGAAGCAGGUUCUGUAAAACGGUUUGUACAGUGCGGCAGUCUUUAUGGUACGCCAAUAAAGGAACUACGUUUCAGAGUUUUGUCUACCGUGAAGGGCCUCGUGUGGGUUGAAUAAACACGCAAUUUGAGAUGUGUUCUUUUGACCGUGAAUUUAGAUUGGAAGCACAAGGCAAUAAUUUAUGUGAAGUUGUCGAUUGACCGAUUGAGCGACAAAGAUAUGGCUCUCUCUGACCUGCUA